AUGGUCCGAGCAAGAAGAAUAAUUACACUAUUGUCACUUCACCAUUUUCACUAUGAAUAUUCCUUUUUUUCCAGCUAUUGCACAAACAUUAGUUUUUAUUUGGUUCUAAAAGCCAAACGAAUUCCAGCACAUAAUCAUCCUGUGAUUGAGAGAUUGCUGACCUACAGAAAUCUGAUAAAUGAACUAGGAGCUGUAGAUGCUAGACUGGCUUCUCAACUGCGUCAGCUUCUCUCUGGAGAACAGCAAGACCGAACUGUGAAGAGAUCAGCGGGCAGCAAACAUAUCAAAGUUUCAGAAAAGGCUAGGCUGGAAGAAGCAGAGGAGUCAGAAUCAGAUGAGGAAGCGAAUCUGCGCUUUUAUAAUGCCAUGGCGGAGAGACAGAAACUUAAGAGGAAGAAGAGCGAGAUGCAGAACGAGGACAGAUUGGUGGAGGAGGAAAAGAUGGACGGAGAUGCUAAAAGAGGGAUCACCUAUCAGAUGUCCAAGAACAAAGGGCUCACACCCAAGAGGAAGAAGACUGAUCGGAAUCCCAGAGUCAAACACAGAGAGAAGUUCAGACGUGCCCAGAUUCGUCGGAAGGGUCAGGUUCGUGAGGUGCGGCGUGAGGAGACAAGAUACAGUGGAGAAUGGUCUGGUAUUCGUGCUGGAGUCAAGAGGAGCAUCAAACUCAAGUCAUAAAUCUACAGAUGAUGCUCAUGCAAACUUGAAUGAGAUAUUAAUAUGGACUUUUCUGGCGUUUCUGCAAUGUUUAUACUCACUAUCACAGAUAUUAACAGAUGGAUUUGACAUGUUUUGUGCAACUGAUCAAACAGCAAAUAAAAUAAAAUCAAGUUCUGA